CGACAAAGGCCAAUCUCUCGCCAGCGAGAGCGAGGAGAACGAAUGACCUCCAGCACUCUGGUUCUCGAUAAUGGCGCAUAUUCAAUCAAGGCCGGGUUUGCUGGAGAAAGCUGCCGUUCAAUCCCUAAUUGCUUAGCUCGGCCGAGGAAUGACAAGAGGGUAUACGUUGCCGAUGAAUUGGAGUCUUGCAGGGAUACAUCGGCAUUGGCUUUUAGACGACCUUUUGAAAGGGGCUACUUGACGAGCUGGGAGGUUGAGAAACCAAUAUGGGAUAGAGUUUUCUCCGCUGAGUGUCUUUCGGUCGACCCGAGUCAGACUUCCCUUAUCUUCACUGAGCCACUGCAAAACCUGCCGAGUAUUCAAACUGCAUGCGAUCAGAUCAUCUUCGAGGAGUACGAGUUCGCAUCAUAUUACCGUACCACGGGCGCGUCGCUUGUACCCUGGAAUAGCACGCAAGACGACAGACGGGGUGCACCUGCGGAAGUGGUCUUGAUUGUGGACUCUGGCUUCAGUUUCACACACGUGGUGCCGGUCAUCAAAGGGGAAGUUGAGUGGAAGGGUGUCAGAAGAAUCAAUGUAGGAGGAAGGCAGAUCACCAAUCUUCUGAAAGAGACGAUUUCAUACAGGCACUACAACAUGAUGGAUGAGACACACUUGAUUAACCAAGUCAAGGAAUCAUGCUGUUAUGUGUCACAAGACUUCGCAACCGAUUUACGGAUGUGCCACAAGAAUAACCAGAACGAUAUUACCGUGAGUUAUGUUCUACCAGACUUCAAUACAAACCGGCCAGGUUACCUCGUUGACCGGUCGAAGUCUCGUCCAGAUUCCAGUGAACAGGCAGUUACUUUAGGAAACGAGCGCUUCACCGCACCCGAGCUCUUAUUCAAACCCGGUGAUAUCGGCUUAAAGCAGGCAGGUAUUGCAGAAACUAUCAUGCAAUCAAUAGAGGAUAUGCCUCAGGAGUUGCAAGCCCUGCUGCUUGCGAAUGUGGUUUUGGUCGGUGGUAGCUGCAAGAUAUCUGGAUUCAAGGAACGAAUAGAGACGGAGUUGCGUGCAGUAGCUCCUACUGAAUUCAUAGUGAGAAUUACGAAGCCAGAUGAUCCUUCGACAUACAUCUGGGAAGGCGGCGCGAAUCUAGCAGACAGCGAUGAGGCCCUACAAGCAAAGUCCGUUACAAGAGCAGAAUAUCUCGAAUAUGGUACGUCCAUCAUGGAACGAAAAUGGGGGAGACAUGGCAAAGCAGUGAAAGCCUUUGACCAUCAAUAUUCUUAUGAGAGCAUUGAGGAAGAAACAGACGACGAAGAAGAAGAAGACGAGGACAUGGAUGAUGCAAACUGAAUAAAUUGAGGAAAUGGAAAGAAAUCAAACGCCGCCCAACCCAACACCAGCAUAUAUCAAGCAAGACAAAGAUCCGCACUUUUCUCACGCUUAGUUAGCAGCACCUAGACGAGUCGGGUGCUUCUCUAGGAUAGACAUCUGCAGAAAUCUGCACACUGUUCUGUCUCCUGUUAUACAAGGCUUCCCUCUCGCGCUCUAUCUCUUCGCGGCGCUCUACAAGAUUGCGU